CACACCGCAUAUCCGAAAAUGAUGCUGAAGCUUUUGCUGAGGAAUGCCCAGCGUGGCGUUCGCGCAUCCGCAGCAAUGGGCGCUUCUCGUCGUCUAAUGCUUGCGGCCGAAGCACCCGCACCCUCUUCCGUCUCGGAAGCAUCUUCCGUCUUCGCUAAGGUGGGACGUGACAUCCCGCUCAAGGUGGUGCCCCGAGCCGAGCGACGAGCGGCACGUAAGGCCGCCAAGCACUCGGCCGACGCCGCCACAGGCCACAAGGUCGUGCGAACAUCAUCUCUUCCCGCUCGCAUCUCGUUUGCGCUGCUGGCUGGCAGCAUCUCGGGCUCUAUCGUGUGGAACUUCGUGCUGGACGACAGUAUCAAAAAGAGCAUCAAGGAGACACUGGGAGCCACGUUCCUGGGUGAUAUCUACGUGGUCAUUGCCAAGAAGGUGGAAGAGACCGUCAAGCCAUUCACCGACCCGUCCAGACAGAAACUAUUGCCCGACUGGCCCAUCCCGCAGGUGCCCGCAGACACGCCGCCCGUCCCUGUGCUGGUGCUCGACCUCGAAGACACACUCGUGCACUCCGAGUGGAGCAGGAAGCACGGCUGGCGUCAUGCCAAGCGUCCCGGAGUGGACGAGUUCUUGGAGACUUUGUGCCAAUACUACGAGAUCGUGAUCUUCUCGCAGAACUACGGCGCCGAGGAGAUCGUGCAGAAGCUGGAUCCUAAGCAGUGCGCCCUACACGUGCUAUCGCGUGACGCUACGCGGUAUCUGAAUGGCGCCCACGUAAAGGACCUGUCGAACCUGAACCGCGACUUGAAGCAGGUCGUGAUCCUGGACGACGACCCGGCCGCUUACCAGCUGCAGCCUGAGAAUGCUAUUCCGGUCAAGCCCUUCACAAACGGACGGGAUCGCGACGACCAUGAGCUCAAGAACCUGAUUCCGUUCCUCAAGGCGUUGGCUUCGGAACGCGUUCCUGACUUCCGUCAGGUUAUCGGCGAGUUCCGCGACGAGGACGGUGUUGUCCGUGACCUCGCUACUAAGUACGGCGCCCGCGUGCACCAGCUUGAGAUGCAGAAGGAGCAGCAGAAGAAGAAGGGCUUCGGCGGCUUCGUUCGCGGUCGGAUGUCACACCACCCUGCGUCACCGACUGGAGGUGUAGCUGCUAGUGGGUUCUCUGGUGGACCGCACGUUUAAAUGAUCAUCAGGCGUGAUCUCCAGUGCAUAAAGGAUAAAUGCAUGCGGCUUGAUGUGAUUCAAACUCAUCCAUGCGCUUUUUAUUCGACAGUUUUAAACGCUCUAGAUUUAUACAGUGGAGGUUUUAGUAGUAAAUGCUCCAGGUGCGAUGGUACGGCA